GCUCUCUUUGAGCUGAGCUCGUUGCUGGAGCAAGCAAGCUAGCUAGCUAGACACAGUCGUUGAGAUCGAUCGAGAUCAAUUCUAGAGCAAGAGGGAUUAGUAGUUGGCAUAUGGGAGCGAUGGAUGGAGAGAAGAAGGUGGUGUUGAGGGUGAGGGAGUUCGACAUGGAGAGGGACCUGGCUGCGGCCGAGGAGCUCGACCGCCGGUGCCAGGUCGGCCUGUGCGGCGAUACCGAAGCCGACACCAACAGCGGCGGCAACAAGAGGAUGAAGAAGAAUAAUAAGAAGAAGAAGAGUGGCAUGUCGCUCUGCGUCGAGCAGGUCGGCGACCCGCUGGCGAGGGUCCGCCACGCGCCGGAGCACGUCAUGCUGGUUGCCGAGUAUGGCGAGGAGGAGAAGAUGGUUGGGGUCAUCAAGGCCUGCGUCAAGGUGGUGAGUAGAGGCGGCGGCAAGAAACCACCUUCGUCUUCCUCCAGCUCCGGGAAGCAGCAGCCGUCGUCGCCGCCGCCGGCUUACGUGAAGGUGGCCUGUCUCCUCGGUCUCAGGGUCUCCCCGUCUCACAGGCGGCUGGGGAUCGCGACGGCGCUGGUGAAGCGGGCGGAGGAGUGGUGCCGGGCGCGUGGGGCGGAGCACGCGACGAUGGCGACGACGGCGUCCAACGCGGCGUCGCUGGCGCUCUUCACGGGCCGGUUCGGGUACGCCCCGUUCCGGCGGCCGGAGUUCCUGGGCCGCCCCGUGCACGCGCACCGUCUGGCCGUGCCGCGCGGGCACCGGGUGUUCCAGCUGCCGCCGCCGCUGGCCGCGGCUGCCUACGCGCGGCUGCUCCCGCCGCAGGGCACGGAGUUCCUCCCCGCCGACAUGCCGGCGCUCCUCGCCCACAAGCUCACGCUCGGCACGUUCGUCGCCAUCGAGAGCGACCCGGACCCGUCCCUCCCGCCGUCGUUCGCCGUGCUCAGCGUCUGGGACUCCACCCGCUCCCUCCGCCUCCGCGUGCGCGGCGCGCCGGCGCUGCUCCGCGCGUCGCUCGCCGUGCUCCGCGCGCUCGACCGGUCCGCGCCGUGGAUGCGCGUCCCCUCCAUCCCGGACAUCUUCCGCCCUUUCGGCGCCUACCUCCUCUACGGGCUCCGCCUGUCCGGCCCGGCGGGCCCCGCCCUGCUCCGCUCCCUCUGCCACCACGCCCACAACGUCGCGCGCAAUAACCCGGCUUGCGCCGUCGUCGCAGCCGACGUCGCGCCCGACGACCCGGCCGCCGCCGCCGUCCCGCGCUGGCGCCGCUUCUCCUGCGACGAGGACGUCUGGUGCAUCAAGAACCUCAACAACAAAGACACCAAUGCCAGCGACGACGACGACUGGGCGGCGCCGGCGCCGCCUGGCACCCUGCUUUUCGUCGACCCCCGCGAGUUUUGACGUAGCCAUGGCACCCAUCCAUGCAAGGUAGGCGUAGGCAGAGGCUAACCACCUCAUGAUCUCUGCCAAAUUUUGACAACUACACGUGCAAUGUACAUACACUUGGUACCACAAUGGCAAUGGCAAUGGCCUACCUUGCCAUUUGUGGUAUCGAACCCCCAAACUAAAGUGAUGUCUGUAACGUUAGCAUUUGCUUCUCAAGUUAGAAUAGCGACGAGGUUAAUUUGGCUAGUUUCUUUGUAAUCA